GAUCAAUCAUAUAUUAUGUAUAAUAAAAUGGAAUCGCUUAGAUAUUUCUCUGUUCUUCAUGUCUUUGUUUUUGCAGCUCUUGCAUCCUCAGCUUUGUCAAAAUUGGCACCAAGUCACUAUGACUUCUCGUGCCCUAAUGCUUUGAGCACCAUCAAAAGUGUCGUAGAGGCUGAGGUACAGAAAGAGUACCGUAUGGGCGCAUCCUUGCUACGCUUGCACUUCCAUGAUUGUUUUGUUAACGGUUGUGAUGGUUCAGUUCUUCUAGACUCCACAUCCUCCAUUGACAGUGAAAAGAAUGCAAAACCUAAUUUCCAAUCUGCUAGAGGAUUUGAUGUGGUGGAUGAGAUAAAGGAGGCAGUGGACAAAGCAUGUGGAAAACCACUUGUUUCUUGUGCAGAUAUAUUGGCUGUUGCUGCUCGUGACUCAGUGGUUGCGUUAGGAGGGCCAACAUGGGAGGUGUUACUUGGGAGAAGAGACUCCACCACAGCAAGUCGUAAAGCAGCAGAUGCAAACAUUCCUGCACCAACUUUUAACCUCUCUCAACUCAUCAGAAACUUCAAGAAGCAUGGUCUCGAUGAGAAGGACCUUGUUGUUCUUUCAGGAGGCCACGCCAUAGGAUAUGCACGUUGUGUUUUUUAUAGAGACCAUAUCCACAAUGACUCCAACAUCGAUCACAAGUUUGCACGAAAACUUAAGAAGAUUUGCAAGAGAAAUGGUGGUGACUUCAACCUUGCUCCUUUGGACCCAACUUCACCCGCGAACUUUGACACAAACUAUUUCUCUAAUUUGGUUCUAAAGAGAGGGCUUCUUCACUCUGAUCAACAACUCUUCAAUGGGGGUUCUACUGAUGCACUAGUUGAGUUUUACAGUUUCGAUACCGAAGCUUUCUACAAGGACUUCGCGAAUUCGAUGAUUAAGAUGGGAAAUAUUAAGCCCCUUAGUGGGGAUCAAGGUGAAAUUCGUGUUAACUGCAGGAAAGUGAACUAA